AUGUCCUCAAUAGUUCGAUAUCAUUUGUAUGCCAAUGGAAUUGAUAAAAGUUACAAGAUAUGGUUCUGGCAUGGUGAAGAUUUGAAGUCAGAGACCGUUACCAGUAAAAUGGAAAAUAUAGUCGAUGAAAAAUAUGAACAGGACGAUUUGUUUAAUAUAGUAAACAUAUUUCAAUCCGCUCAUGACGGAUCUUGUAAUACAUCCAACACAUUUGAUACUAUGUUUGAUGAUGCAAAGAAACCCUUAUAUCCAGGAUGUAAGAAAUUCACUAAGUUGUCAGCUCUCGUGAGACUAUACAACUUAAAGGUUAGAUAUGGUUGGAGUAACACUAGCUUCUCUGAAUUGUUGUCCAUAAUAAGUGAUCUCCUACCUGACAACAACACAAUACCAACUUCUUUAUACGAAGCGAAGAAAACACUAGGUGUCUUAGGACUCAGUUACCAAAAAAUUGAUGCAUGUCCUAAUGAUUGUUGUUUGUAUAGAAAAGAGUAUGCAAACUCGACAAAGUGUAAUAAGUAUGGUUUGUCAAGGUGGAAGAUCAAUAAAAACUCAACAAAGGAAAACAAUGGAGUUGCUGCCAAGCAGUUGUGGUAUUUUCCAAUAGUUCCAAGAUUUAUAAGAAUGUUUAAGAACUUAAAGAAUGCUAAGAACUUGCGUUGGCAUGCGAUGGAUAGAAAAGUCGAUGGUAUUAUGAGACAUCCGGCUGACACUCCAUCAUGGAGGUUGAUAGAUCACAUGUGGCCAACAUUUGGUUCAGAACCAAAAAAUCUUCGUUUAGAUCUGAAGCAACCGGGAUAUGAUAUCAACACCUAUUUAGCACCCUUAAUUGAUAAUCUCAAAAUUUUAUGGGAAGAAGGGGUUUUAAGGCUUGUCCAAUAUGUGGAGAAGAGACUACUUCAAUCAGACUACAACAUGGAAAAAAAUGUAUACAUGGGACACAGGAAAUAUUUGCCAAGAUAUCAUCCUUAUAGAUUACAGAAAAAGAAUUUUGAUGGCAAAAGUAAAGAUGGGAUGAAUAGUAGACUUGAUAUAGUGGAGAUGAAUAUAAGACCAGAAUUGGCACCAAUGGUUACAGGUAAUAGAACUUACAUACCUGCAGCAUGUUAUACAUUGUCAAGAGAAGAGAAGUAUCGGUUUUGUAAGACUUUGUCUGAAAUUAAAGUUCCAGAAGGAUAUUCAUCAAAUAUUAGAAGUCUUGUCUCUUUAUGUUCAUACCACACUAAGUCCCGUGAUGACCAUCGAACUGUUCAAAAUAGUGGGAUUAUGUUAGUGGCAACGACAAUGCAGGUUUCUAGUGUGAAGGACAAAAAUCCAGUGAUUGGUGACAUGUCUUUCUAUGAGAUCAUUGAAGACAUUUGGGAAGUUAGUUACAAUACGUUCAAUACUGUUCUUUUCAAAUGCAAAUGGGUUGAAAAUAAUAAUGAUCCUGUUGAUGCAAGAUGGUCAGUUGUUGUAAGGCCACCACAAAAAGACUUUCUGUACAAAUGUGCUAAUGAUGACCUUGGAGAUAUGUGGCCGCACUACCCCCCAAUCUCAAAAUGA